AUGGGCCGACGACAUGGUCCAAAUACACCUGGGAUAGCUUUUGUCACCGGUGCUGCCAGGGGUCUCGGGAAUGCCGUGGCUGUCUCUUUUGCAAAAGAAGGGGCCAAGGGCGUGGUGAUUGUCGAUAUCAAUGACGAGGAAACUAUGCAACAUGGCAAGGCAGCGGUCGAGGCCCAUGGGGCUGAGUGCCUCGCUAUCCGCGCCGACGUGACGCAGGAAGAAGAGGUGGCUUCAGCCGUCGCCGAAGCUGUAACAAAAUUCGGCCGGAUCGACUACGCGGCCAACUUCGCAGGGAUCGUAGGACCCCCUGACACCAUCGUGAACCUGGACGUGGCGAAGUGGAAGAAGACGCUCGAUGUCAAUGCCACCGGUGUCAUGCUUUGCACGAAAUACGAGAUGAUUCAAAUGAUGAAGCAAGACUCGCUGGCCGUUGAAGAUGGGCGGCCUCCACAACGGGGUGCGAUUGUGAAUUGCGCGUCCGUCAAUUCCAUGCUGACCAUGCCCGGUACUGGGCCUUAUACGGCGUCCAAACACGCUUGCUACGGAAUCACGAAGACGGCGGCAUUAGAGGGCCGAAGCCACGGCAUCCGAGUCAAUGCAGUCUCGCCAGGCUUUCUCUUGACCAAGAUGGCAGAAGAGUCUCUGAUGGAGGACGAUGUUGUCGACGCGCGGGGCAUGGCGAUGUGGCAGCACUUCGUCUCCCGACAAGGCCGAUCUGCCAGCUUCGACGAAAUUGGGGACGUAGUGGCUCUGAUGUGCACACCGCAGAUGAGUCUAGUCGUGGGCCAAAAUAUUUUCAUUGACGGAGGCUUCACGGUCAACGAAAGCAACUCCUAA